CAGGAAGCAGCAAUAGGGGCCAAUCGGCAAUCACCCCAACAAAAAAGGUGGCUCGCGCCGGCGCCACUGGCCUCACCAAUGGCUGCAAACAAAUAAACUGAGAUUAAAUACACGUUUAGUUUGUCCAUUAAACGAGUCCAACUCGUAUGAAUGGGUUAACUCAGCCUAUCAAAGCAGCGAAGAGUUGGGGCGGCCUCUGCAUCGCUCCGGCCCUUCCCUCGCCACUAAGCGCUCCAAUGUUGCGCCCAGCGCCAUCGUCACGGAGCUCGAUUGCAUCCCAGUAUGAAAAUCAAACGAAAUGAAGUAAAAUGGCAAGAGGGUCGAUUCGGGCCAAGAUUCUGGAUUACCCGGCAAGGUUUCGCCGGAAACCGUCGACGGAGAUGCUGCAGAGGGCGGCUCGAUCGGACCCCGUUGAGGCGAGGCAAGGCGAGCCCAAAUCAGCCGAAGGAAGCUUCUUAUAAACUAACCGACAAUGGCAUUGUUCCGGCGGGCGAUGACGAUUCUUGGGCGCGCGGCUGGCGUGAACAAGACAAUGGGGACAGAAUUUGUUGUGGGGGGGAACUGUUCACGUCGUGGCCACAACGUUGUCGGCGACGACAAUGGCGGCUGCGUGAAGCUCUUUGGUGUGUAUUUGGAAACCCAAAGGGAUGGCAAUUCAAUGAAGAAGAGCCUUAGCGCCGGAAAUAUUGCCUCAAAAGACGUCGACAACAAUGGCAAGGGAGUUAAUAGGUGUCUCUCCGAUGGUCCUACUCGUCGUAAGACUAAGACUGCUCUUGACAGAAAAGGGGGGCCAUGGACAGAGGAAGAGCACAGAAUGUUUCUUGCUGGUCUGGCGAAGCUUGGGAAGGGUGAUUGGAAACGAAUUUCGGAGAGGUUUGUGAGCACCAGGACACCUACCCAGGUUGCUAGCCAUGCACAGAAAUAUUUUUUGAGACAGGCUGCAGAUGAGAAAAAGAAACGCAGACCAAGCCUGUUUGAUCUGUCUCUUCAAGCAGCUGAAGUAGCUUCUAAAGAUUCCCUCUUUUCACCUACAGAGGAAACUAUUGCUGAAUCAUCAUCAGAGGAACUAGCUCCUAAAGAGGAAGCUAUUGCAGAAAAAUCAUCAGAGGCUAGUAUCUCUCAAGCUUUGGCAAUGGUGAAUGUUACUGAAAACCCACCACUCCAAGUUUAUGCUGCUCCAAAUUACUGUGGGACUCCGUACAUGUUUCCGGGCGAUUUACCGUUCAUCCCAGUGGUGAAAUUUUCCGGCCAGAAUGAUCUUUAUCUACCUGGAAGCCAGCGGAAGUUUGCAACUUGUGCUCCUAUUAUUAUCCAUCCAUCCCGAAUUCCUUUUCCACCAUCCUUAGCCCUCAGCCUGGCUCAUUCAGGCCGUGGUAAUGCAUCAAUUCAAGAGAUCCUAUAGAGUUGCUUGCAGCUCAUUUUUGUAUUUUGAUUACCGGCUGAAGGCUAGAAUUAGGGCAUACCAGGAGUUAAUUUUGUUUGUUUCCUUUUACACAGUCAAUUUACCUAUGCCAAAAGGCACAGGGUUGGUUUGACAAAACGUUUUAGAGGGCGUUUUUUGUUUUUUGGUUAUGA